CGCCUUGACCUGUGGGUUCAGCUGGCUGGUGCUUAACUAAACAUUACGAUCAGAAAACGUAAAGCUAUCAGGAGAAGUUGUGCAGACAGGAGAGAUCUUGAUUAUUUUAAAAAAAACGAGCUUCGCCAAUGAUGGCUGCUGCUACCAUGAGGGGAGAGUCAGGUUCGACUGCUCCCAGAAAUGAGUGUCUCAAUCAAAAGGCUCGACCUGUGAAGCCAACUGUGGCCAACAAAGAAAACUGUCCAAGACCAGUGAGGCCAGAGAAAGGAGCUGCUGUGCAUGGCAGUAAGCUACCUAUACCGGUGAAAAAGUUAAAAGUGAAAUCUGUUCCAGACUUCAAAAAGUUACAUCAACAGUGGGAUAAAAAAUUUCUGAAGAAACAAACAACUGCCAAAAAGGCCUGCACUCAGCCAAUUCCAUUUACCUUCGCAACAUCCAGGGGAGCCAAAUCAACUCAGCCUGUGAGCACAGAUCAUAAUAUGCGAAUGACAUCAUCUGCAAUAACCAAGAAAGAGUUGGCUGAAUCUGAGGGAAGUUAUCUAGUCGGUGCCAAUAAUGCAAUCGUAGCUACAGAUCAGAGUGUAGUUGAAUCAAAACCUAUCCAGACCCAAGGCUGUAAGCCGACAGUUCACCAAGAGUGCAGAGACUUGGGUUCUAGCAUUGCAAUGCUGAAGCUUGACCAGAAUGAGAUGGCAAACAAAGAAAACGACUUUGUUCCUUGCCAGGCAAAUAUCACUCCAUGUAAAGCCGAGAGUUCCUACAUUCAGAAUUCAGCACCUGAGAUCAAGCCACCUUUGCCACCAGAAAAAGCAAAACUAGAGGUCCUACGGACUAACACCAUUCAACCAAAUACAGACAAUAAUGAAGAUUUUGUGAAUAAUCCAAUGGCUCUACAGAGCAUCCUAUCAAAUGUUGGACUUAAUGCUUUUAAUGUAACCAACCACAAACUCAGUCUGGCGCACACAAUAUCCAUGAAAAUGAAUAGCCAAAAUCAUGAGCCAUCUAAUCCAAAACCAGGUAAUAACAAUGAUAUGGCACUUGGGAAUGCCCCAUCAACUCUUGAUGACAAGAAUAUUUUCAGCAACCUCUGUGGCAAACCUAGCAUGACAAUACGAGCCCCUGAGAAGGACAGUGCACUCCAUUGCAAGUAUCCUGCGCAAAGUCCAUAUGUGAUGGGAAGAUCAUCAUACAUGCCCUGCAAUCGUCCUACACUUCCUCUUGCCUGGGGCCGUGCCUCCUGCAUAGCUAAGCUGGGUACCAGAGGUGCAGGUACUGAAAUAAGUUCUCCAAGUUCCAUUCUUCAACCAAUCAAAUUAUAUAACCAAGUUAGCAGUAGACUGCACUUUUCAUCCCAGAAGGCAGCCAGAUGUAAACCAGAUGGCCGGGACUUCAACUUGAUGGAAAGGGCUUGUGAAUCGAAUCGCUCUGUUGCUCCUACAUUUGCUUCUGUUGGAGGUCCUGGCACUUGCAAAUCAGAUACCGAAGAUCUAAGAAUGCAAACACCACAUAGAGUGUUACAACCAUCUAACUAUCAAUUCAGCAGUACACUGGCUCUAUCAUCUCAAAACGUACGGCAUCCAAGAAAUAUGCAUGCUCCCCCUUCAAGUACGGUUGCAACUUCUAAACCUGUGAAUUGGUCAAAUCAUCACUCUCUUAAGGGCAAGACAAAUGGACAGAGUGUCUCAGACCAUACAAAGGAUGGUGAAUAUCUGCCAAUGGAUCAGAUAGUACUUCGUCUGUUUAAUGAUUCAGAAGAACCAAAUGAAGUAGAGAAGGCAACAGAAACCCCAAGCUUAAAGGAAGAAUUGCAAAGACCAAAGACUAAUCAGGCUCCAAGCCUAGUUGAUCUCAAGCUAGUAAAGCUAAAGAACAUUGAACUUCUUUCACAACAACUUCAGAAGGAGUUGCAAGAGGUAAAGGUGAUUGAGGAGACGCUCACAGAAAGCAGCUGUGAGGAAAAUGUACCUGCCUUCCCAGAAGAACAUCCCAAUUUGUCUGGUGCUGUCUUGAAGAAUAGAACAGUUGUUACAGCCUCAAAGCAGCAGGAUGCUGAAGAAUAUAUUAUUUCUUCCCAAAGUACACCUCUAACUUCCAUUCCAACACGUAAGCUUAUAGACUGGUCACGACAGACUAACAGUGUUUCUGGAGCAGCAAAUUGUCUUCCUACCAUGGACCACCAAUCUGAGAUAUUGCUCCCUUCUGCUAAGCUGGCUUUGAAUGUGAUGGACACAUUGCCCACGUCCAUUUCCCAUAGAUCUUCAUACUUGCACACAACGGCCCAAGGGUCGAAAUUCCAAUCCCCUUUUCUCAGUGGAAGCAGAGACAGGAGCACUCUGCUCUGGAGCAGCAUGAAGCAGAGGUAUGGUGAGACUUUCCCUGGAUAUCGAAAACCUUUCCCAGAGGCACUUUUGGAUGAAGAGGUUUCUUGCUGUCUCACCCGUACCAUCCAGUCACCUGAUAAGAUAACAAAGAAGGAAAGAAACUGUGCCAAUCCAGUUGCCAAGAUACUUCAGCAACAAGAAGUUAUGCACUUUGUCCCAAUCGAGCUGCAUUACCAGCCUGAAAUCGCUUCAACAAUUUCUGAUGUCCUUUUGUGAGGAGCCAACAAGUCCUGCCCUAUUGUUAUGAAACUUCUUCUUUUUUUCAUCAUCUGUAUUAGUGUGUCUUAUAACCUGAGGAGACAGGUCUAGUUGUGGACACUUAAAGAGCUUCACUCACUGCUUCAGGGUAUAUUACCAGUAGGAUAGCUGCUUUUCAGUUUUGUUAUAAUAGAAAAGCUGUGUUUUGUCUACAUAAUACUCAAGAUGCUCUGCUUGCAUUAGAGAACAUCUUGUGAUUUGUUAACUAUAUAAACUGCCCAAUUAGCACAAGUAUGCUGAAGGCAUAACCUGCUUCUGGUUGAUCUCAUAACUGUAUAAAUUGUCUAAUGUUCAAAAUAUACUCUCCCUUCAAUCAGAACUGAUGUGCACUCUGUCAUGAAGAUUUUCAUUCUAGCAUCAGUUUCUGUCUUGUGCUGCUGUCCUUUUUAAAGGUCUCCAGUU